UUCCGGGUCACCGCACCUUGUUCCUCCAGCUAGUCCGCUCGAAGAAUUCGGAGAGGUAUUUGUUGCCUCGAUGGCUUGUGGUUUCAGUUUUCUAACAUCUGAAUAACUGUGGCUCUCUUGAGACGCAAUCUUGGAAGAAAUUGGGCCCAGAGGAGCCACCUUAAGAACAAGUCACUUGAAAGCACGCCGUGGAACUCCGGGAGGGGGCGGAGCUUAGGACCCGGAGAGGCGGGGUCCACCCUGGCCUGAGCUGGCUGGCUCGGAGUGACUCUCUCUCUCUCUCUGCGCAUGCGCGACGUGUGUUCGCCCCGCUGCGGCCCUGUGCAGCAUGGAAUUUCACUCCGCGCAGCGAGCGAUACUUAAGUUGCUCGAGACGGUGACUCCGGCAGAUCGACCGGCGCUGCUGCAAUGGAUGCGAACUACGCGAGAUUUUGAUGAAUUCACUCAAGACAACAAUGACAUUAUGUUGAAAAACAUAGCAGAUGACCUUCGGAAUUGCUUACCUCUAGAAACCAUGCUUGCCUCAGAACCUGUAGCCCUUCAAAAAAUACAGCAGCAGCCAGAGCCCACAGCUCACAUGGACGCAUUCCUUUAUGACGAAGACUUUAUUGAUUCACUAUGUGAGGAAGGAAGGAUGAGCAGAAACUAUUGUAUGGUUUGUGGCUCACGACAGACAGCACCUUUAGGCUUUAUUUCUCAUUCCUUCUCCCUGGUGGAAUUGAAGUUCAUUUAUCAUCACGUGCUCCCUGACCUGUCGGGAAAGGUCUUGGUGGAUGUUGGCUCCCGACUUGGCGCAGUCCUCUAUGGGGGUUACCUUUAUAGUUCUGCAGUGCAGCUGUAUGGAGUAGAACUGAAUGGAGAUUUUUGCCAGUUACAGGAAAUGGUCAUUAACAAAUAUCAUUUUGGUGACAGAAUAAAGGUGAUCCACGCAGACAUCUGUACCCAGGGUUUGCUGCUGCACAACGCCGAUGUUGUUAUAAUGAAUAAUGUCUUUGAGUAUUUUCUUAAUGAGACAGAACAGGCCAGUGCCUGGGAAUAUAUCAGCCAUAACCUGAGGAAGCCAGGAUCGUUAUUAGUGACAGUGCCAAGUCUUGAAGAUUCUCUCUCAGGACUUCAGACUAAUAUACAGUUAUCCUCCUGGGUUGAAGAGAUACCACUGAACUAUGAUAUGUACCCACAAAAUGACAUGGACAGAGAAGCUCUUGAACAAAUUCAUUUGUAUAAGAUUCUCCAGAAAUAAAACAUUAGUGUAAUGUUUUGUUGAGUAUAUUACAAAAUGAAAAAGAAGCCAAGCAUGGUGGUUCACACCUGUAGUCCCAGUACUUGGGAGAUUGACGCAGG